AUGGUUCACGCUACCAACUUGGGUUUCCCCAGAAUCGGUGCUCAACGCGAGACCAAGAAGAUCGUCGAGGCCUUCUGGGCUGGCAAAGUCAACGAGCAGGCUCUCGACGAGGCUGCCGUCAAGCUGCGUGCCGAGAAUUGGAAGCUCCAGCAGGGACAGGGUCUCUCUCAGAUCCCUUCUGGCGACUUCUCCUUCUACGAUCAUGUCCUUGACCAUUCCGUCAUGUUCAACGUCAUCCCCCAGCGUUUCCGCCAUCUCGCUGCUGGCCACGAGCGCAACUUUGCCAUCGGACGUGGUAUCCAGAAACCGGCUACCGAGACCCAGGAAAAGGUCGACAUCGAGGCCCAAGAGAUGAAGAAGUGGUUUGACACCAACUAUCACUACAUUGUCCCCGAGUUCGAGGCCAACCAGACCUUCCACCUCGUUGCCCAGGCCAAGACCGUCCAAGAGUUCAACGAGGCGAAGGCCCUCGGUAUCCACACCCGUCCCGUCGUCCUUGGUCCCCUGUCCUUCCUUUUGCUUGGUAAAGCUGCCAAGAAUUCCGCCGGCCUUGAGCUCAUUUCCCUUCUCCCCAAGGUCCUCCCCAUCUACGAGGAGCUCUUUGCCAAGCUCGCUGAGGCUGGUGCCGACUGGAUCCAGGUCGAUGAGCCCAUCCUCGCCCUCGACCUCGCUCCCAGUGUCAUCGCUCAUUUCCAGGAGACUUACACUCGUCUGACCGCUGCUGCUCCCUCGCUCAAGUUCUUGAUCGCCACCUACUUCGGCCGCAUUGGUGACAACGUCUCCUUCAUCAAGGACUCUGGCGUUGCUGGUCUUCAUAUCGAUCUCGUCCGUGCCCCCGAACAGAUCGAACAUGUCAUUGCUAACCUCAGCCAGACUCAGGUCCUCUCCCUCGGCUUGGUUGAUGGCCGUAACAUCUGGAAGACCAACCUCGCCGAUGCCCUCAAGCUGGCCCAGACCGCUGUCGCUGCUCUCGGCUCGGAGCGUGUCUUCAUUGCUCCUUCUUGCUCUCUGUUGCACACCCCUGUAACCCUCCGCUUUGAGAACCGUCUCAAGACUAAGAACCCUGAACUCUAUGACUGGCUCGCCUACUCCGAGGAGAAGUGCAAGGAGGUCCAUACCCUCGCCCAUGCUCUCAACCACGGUGUCGAGUCCGUCAAGGCUGAAUUGGAGGCCAACGCUGCUUCGAUCGAGGCUCGUCGCACUUCCUCCCACACCACCAACAGUGCCGUUCGUGAGCGUCUCGCCGCCAUUGCUCCCGACCAGCUCCGCCGCCGCAGCGAGUUUAGCCAGCGCCAGGCCCAGCAGCAUGCUGCUCACCCUCUGCCCGAGUUCCCCACCACCACCAUUGGCUCCUUCCCCCAGACCAAGGAGAUCCGUUUGGCUCGUGCCAAGUUUACCAAGGGCGAGAUCGACGAGGCUGCCUACCAUGACUUCAUUAAAAAGGAGAUCGCAUACUGCGUCCAGGAGCAGGAGAAGCUCAACAUCGAUGUCCUCGUCCACGGUGAGGCUGAGCGUAACGACAUGGUUGCCUACUUCGGUGAGCGUUUGGAAGGAUACAUUUUCUCCGAGAACGGCUGGAUCGCCUCCUACGGUUCCCGCUGCGUCCGUCCUCCAAUUAUUUUCGGCGAUGUCUAUCGCGAGAAGAAGAUGACAGUCGCUGAGACCGUCUAUGCUCAGUCCCUUACCAGCAAACCCAUGAAGGGCAUGUUGACUGGCCCCGUCACCUGCUUGCAGUGGUCCUUCGUCCGCGAUGAUAUUCCUCGCUCAGUCGUCUGCACCCAAUUGGCCCUUGCCAUCCGUGAUGAGGUCGUUGACUUGGAGGAGGCUGGUAUCGUCCACAUCCAGGUCGAUGAGCCUGCCAUUCGUGAGGGCCUUCCUCUCCGCUCUGUCGAUUUUAAUUUCUACCUCCAGUGGGCCGUCGACGCCUUCUUGCUUUCAACCACCGGUGUCAAAGACACGACCGUCAUCCACACCCACAUGUGCUACAGUGAUUUCCAGGACAUCUUCCAGGCCAUUCGCCGCAUGGAUGCUGACGUCUUGACCAUCGAGAACUCCAAGAGUGACAUGAGGAUCUUGGGCGCCUUCUCGACUCACGGCUAUGCCGCCGAGAUUGGACCUGGUGUCUUCGACAUCCAUUCUCCCCGUGUUCCUUCCGUCCAGGAGAUGAAGGAACGUGCCGAUGCCAUGUUGCACUACAUUCCCCGCCGCAACCUCUGGAUCAACCCCGAUUGCGGUCUCAAGACCCGUGGUUGGAAGGAGGUCCGCGAGUCAUUGACCAAUAUGGUUGCUGUGGCCGAGGCGCUCCGUGCCUCUGCAUAA